AUGGCUAGCUGGGUACUCAUGAUUGCCUUCGUCAAUCGGGCAUUCAGAGCAUUCAGGGCAAACGUCGCUGUUGCCAUCGGUCAUCUAAGAAUGCACCCUCUCGUUGAUAUCAUGGAAAAUCUAGAGAAAAGCAAGACACCGGUGAUAUGA